CGUCCCCGAAACCACGAUGGUGGCCGAACUGGCGGGCAUUCCGUUUGGUAACGCGGAGCGGCGGACAGCUACCGUGGGUCCGGAGAGGCUCAGAUCUACAGCGAAGCCGAAGACAAGGCCCAGAUGGAUCGAGGCCGCGACGCGUGAGCCGAUCUACAGCGUUUUGGACGGCGGCGAGGCGUCGACGAGCUCGGCGGUCGUCGGCAAACGCAACGUGGUGGUGAUCAGCGCUGUGAAGAGCGAGAAGCCGCGGGAGGACCGCCGAGAGUUCGCGGAGAGUAAAGAAGGACCGCAGCAGGGUGUCGCGUCGUUGGAGACGGAGGAUGAGGACCCGUUGUACAGCGUCGUGAAAAAGCCGAAGAGGGUCCGGUUGCCGGAAGCGGGCCCGAACAGUAAACUGCGGCCGAUCGAGGAACGGAGGGCCGAGGAGAAGAGGACCGAGGAACGCAAGACCGAUAAACGGUCCCCGGUGAAGAGUCAGCGGGAGGUCCGGUCCCGUCAAGAGGAGCUGAAGAGGUGGCUGCAGGUGGCCUCGAACCAGCUACCCGAACCGCGGCGGCUGUUCGAUCUCGGCGAGAUGUACUCGAGCCACUUCGGGGAGUUUGAUCAGCUGCAAGCUGAUUGGAAGAGGCCCGUCUCGAUACCCCGCGGGGUUGUUGGCCUCGUGGGUCCUUAUCGCGUCUACCAAAACCCCAACGAGCGAAGAGAGUACAUGCUGCAAGAGGAGGAGCUAGUCGAGGAAGUGGUAGAUUCUGUCAGCGAAGUCGCGGCCAGAGAAAACAGCCUCGGCGAAUAUCAUCGGAGAGCCAAGUGGAGGAUCCGAGAGGAGGACGAAGACACCUUGGUGCCUGAUAUCAAGAACAUUCCCGGGCUAGAGGAAUUCACUGUCGAGACGGAGAGCAAGGACGCGUCGGAGUGGAAGAAGAUCGACGAUCAGACUACCGUUGAAUACAAUCAGAACGAGGAUGCUGGCAAGAUCGAAGAGGAUCUGCGGAGUACUGUUGACGGGAUUCUGUCGGGCAAGGAGGAGCGUGCUGUCGAUGUUCCCGACGAGGUCUCUACCGUGUCUACCAAAUCGUUGAAGGAGAAGGCCAGCAAUGAGCAACACGACAAGGACAGCCUGAACGAGACCGGUAGCACGACGGGUGGCACCGUGGAGGGUGCACCCGGCGGAGCCCCUAGCCGGGCUGAGAGGACCGCGGAGUCCGAGACUGCUGCCGCUGAGACCACCAGGUCCUCGGAGCCAUCCAGAUCGUUCGUCACUAGGCUCCUGUCCAAGGCCAGAUCGCAGAGCGAUUUGUUGGACCACUCGGAGCCAUUCUCCCAAUUAUGGGUCGUCCUGUCGAACGUUUAUGGCCAGCUGGUCGUGGUGCUGAUGAUUGCUCUUUGCUUGGCCGAGGUCAUGGACACGCCUGUGCCUCUCCUCAGCUUGCAAGGCGUGUUCCUGAUGUAUCUGUACGUGGGAAGCAUAGCGGUGAUCAUCAGCAUCUAUACAUGGGUGUUGGUGGACAGUUGCGGCAGCCUCGGUAGAGGUGCCGGUGGCGUCGACGAUGCGGAACUCGGUGGCACGUCUUUGACCAGGUUCGGCUCCUUGAAACGAGCGCACAUCUCGCGUUCCAGAACGGCGCCGACAAGCUUCUACAUUCGGGUCGGAGCGCUCGUCUUUGGCCUGGCGACCCUCGUCUUCAACGGAUUGGAGAUGGCGAUGCACUCGAUGAUGCAGGGCGAAGAAUGUCUCAGCGAUGUUGUCUUCGUGCAUCCGGUUUUACACGGGUUGUUCACCUUUCUGCAGAUGCAUUUCCUCUUUGUCAACUCGCAGGUUCUGGUCGAGAGGUUUGGCCUAGCAGCAAGGUUCGGCUUCAUCCAUCUAGCAGCCACAAACAUCGCCGUUUGGAUACGACUGGUGAUCUGGGACUCUGCUCAAGAAUGGACGUACUUUGUCCAUCUGGCGCAACAAGGGUUGCCAAAUUCUGCGUCUCCAUUGAAUCUUCGGGGCUUCCCAGAGUCUCUGAUACGACACACUAGAGACUUGAUAGACCACGCAGCAUCGAAUAAAGAGAUCUUCCAUCCCUACCAGCCGAUCUCGAAAGAGCAAAUCUCCCAGGUAAUAGCUCUGCAGGAAUGUCUGAACACGAACAGCUUGGGCCAGCUGUGGACGUCUAGCAUGCCAUUCCUUUACCCGUUUAUCGUGCAAUUCAGCUUAAUUGCCGCCGCAGUCACAUUCGUUAUGGGUCAGAACGUCGGUCGCAAUCGUUUGCCGCACAAACAGAAGUUCCACAGCAGCAAGGACUUGACAAGCAACACUAAAGUGGGCUGCGACGGAUCUAGCAAAGGCCUGUUCCUCGGUAUACUGUGCAUGGUAGCCGGCAUAGUGGUCAUUUUGAUAUUCCUGGUGGUCAGAGACGACGAGAACUUUCCACCGAGCACUCUGUCCUGGCUCACUUGUGGUACUCUGAUCAGUAUUCUGACUCUGAGCACUCUGAUGACCAGCAGCGGCCUGGUCCAGGUCAGGCAGAUGUCUAUCGUAUCAAGAGCACCCGCUGCUUUAGACAGCCUAUUAUCCAACGUGGCUUUGUUCGGCGUCCAAUUGUACUCGGUAUUCACCAUCGUGGUCACUGCUUGCUCAUUGGCCAUACUGGUCGAUGAAACUGACGAAACUAAGGGAAGACAUAUCAUGUUACUGACUGCCUCUAUUCUACAACUGAUCCAGUGUUUCGCUCAAAGCACCUUGAUAGCGGAGGCGUCGAAGAGAUCCUGCAUCACUCGUUUCCAACUAAUUGGCAAACCGGCUCGCCAAGUGAUCACCUUUCUCUUGUUCAGCAAUUCUGUUCUGUGGGCCUUCGAUACCGUCAUCACGCAGACCUGGAUCUCGCAGGAACUGCAGCUGAGAUUCUUCGGAGUGCUUGCUUGGGGUAUCCUUUCCAGGAUUGGGCUACCUUUGCUGAUCUUCUACCGGUUUCACAGCUGUGUGUUACUUGUCGAGGCAUGGAACAAGUGUUAUAGGAUGCCCAGAGGAGAGCAUCCGCUCAACUGACGACACAGAACGUCGCACUCUUGUUCCUCUAGGCUGCAGUCGAGGUCGCAUUGCUCUUACCACCGCAGAAAGGUAACGAUCAACCUGUGUCAAGACACCGAAUGGUCCCCGUCCGUCCGUCACA